AAUAAUUCUGUCAAGUCCAGAUGUUGUUUUCAUACUCAAAGUUGUUAUCUUGUACGUGGCGUUACUGCGCGAUGAGUACCGCUCAUACAUUCGUAUUGUGAUAGUCAAGAUGGAUUUCUGGGAUCAGAAUUACUUUCGACUAGCCAAGAUAACAUCCUGUAUAGUUGGACAAUGGCCGAAUCAAUCAGUGAAAGAACUUAUCCUGACCCGUGGACUUCUAUUGACACUGACUAUUAUCCAGCUGAUACCGCGGAUCAGAGCUGUUGUACUCCACAGCGACGAUCCUCAGAUUGUCUUUGAUGCUAGCGGUCCAUUCAUGAUUGACACAAUAUUAGUGAUAAAAAUCAUAAACAAUUGCUACAACUUCAAGAAGAUGAAAACUCUGUUGAGUAAGGUCAAGGAAAAUUGGACGAUCUUCUCAAAGGAUGAGAUGCAAGUACUCCAUGAAUACACCGCCGCUGGGAGAAGAGUCUCCAUGAUAUAUUUGGUGUCGCUAUUCUGUGGAGCAGUGGUAUUUGCAACAGAACCAUUGCAAUUGCGUCUAAUUCAUACAUUCAUCAAGACAAAUGCCUCUCUACCUCUAUUCCCCAUGCCCGUGGACUACGGCUCGAUAGACGUUGAUAAAUAUUACUGGGGGCUCUUUUCAUUAGCCGAGAUAACGACUUGUCUCAUAGUCAUUGGCAUCCUAUCCUGCGAUCUACUAUUCUUUAUCUACGCGUAUCACGCAUGCGGGCUGUUCGCCACCCUAGGAUACACUAUUGAGCAUCUGCCGAGUGACCGCGAUCCUAAUUCGAGCAGAGGAAUUCGCCAUGUGAAACGCUGCGUUCAAAUUCAUCAUCGAGCCACAGAAUUUGCCAAUGAGCUUGCGGGACUCUACAUUUAUAACUUCCUCGCUGUUAUCGGGCUUAAUAUGAUUAUCAUCAGCAUAACUGGCGUGCAGACCGUGGUUCACUUGGAUGCGACUGAAAAAAUCGUUCAGUACGGCUCCCUAACAAUUACUCAACUUGGACAUCUGUUUAUGGAGUGCCUGCUGGGUCAGCGUCUCAUGGAUCACAGUCUGAGUAUUCAAGAGCACAUAGGGAAUGCGGAGUGGUACUACAGCUCUGUAAAAUCACAGAAAAUGCUGAGUUUAUUGCUCAUGAGGAGUCAGCUGCCGUGCACACUCACAGCUGGAAAGUUCCUGAUCAUGAAUUUGGAAACGUUUAAUUUGAUUGUUCGGACUUCAGCGUCGUACUUCACAGUUCUAUUAGCCACUCAGUGAUUGCACUAGCCAUAAUCGAUAUUUAAGUCUAGAUUUUUAGAUGCUGAUUGCCAACCACUUGUGAGACGUCAUCUAUUCUUGUAAUUUGCAAUACGAAAUAAAUAAGGGAGAAAACCCGGCAAUUUCACAGGUAAUUCACGUUCCAAAUAUUGGA